GACCGCGACAGCUUCGGCUGUUGAUCCCCUCAGCCUGCGGGGACUCCUAAGAGGCUUUCUAUAGGGAGUAAAUGCCUGAGAUUAGAGGCCAUGGAAAAAAAAAAAAGCUGGGGGACGAGAAAAGCCUCGGCUUGUCCGGCACGGAGCUCGAACGCGUUUGUUGCAAGCGCCAAGUUUACUUUGGUCAGGGAGACGUGCAUGAGAAAGAAAUCCCCGUCCCGCGUCCCCACUAUGAGUUGGAAAGGAGCCAUUCCCAUUCUGCCUCGAUGCUUGCUAUAACCGGCCUCGCGUAGUUUUUAGCAAAGGCUGGAGCGUCUGAGCGACCUGCGUUCUAAACGCAGUGCGCUUGAGCUGCUCCGGAGUCCAGCCCUGGCCGCUCCGCCCUGGCGCUUGGUGAGCAGCCACAGUCAGGCAGCCUCGGCUCUGCCCCCAGUGUAGGAGGCUCUGGGGUAAACGCAGGGACCUUAAGUGACAGCCCCUGACGAGCAUCAUCAGCUCUAAUCGUGGUGCCAGGGAUUCUGAGCCCGGCUAGGCAGCGGGCUCCGACCGCACCCUAAGGCGGGAGGAACCCCCACGGGUCGCCUCGCGGGCGGGGACCUAGGCGGGCUGCGGCCAAUGAGCAGCCGAGUCCAUCGGAGGCGGGGCAGAGGCCGGGGCGCGCUGGAUUCCCCGGGCCAACUUCCGGCGGGUGCGAGUGGCGGGUGCGAGCCGGAGCUGCGUGGCGGGGCUUGCAGCAGGUGGUUGCAUUUUGUUUCUGAAUCCCUGCUUCGGAGACAGCCAUGGCAGCCCGAGUUCUUGUCAUCGGUAGCGGGGGAAGGGAACAUACCCUGGCCUGGAAGCUCGCACAGUCUCCUCAGGUCAAGCAAGUGUUGGUUGCCCCAGGAAACGCAGGCACUGCGUGCGCUGGGAAGAUCUCCAAUGCUGCUGUCUCUGUCAAUGAUCACAGUGCCCUCGCUCAGUUCUGCAAGGAUGAAAAGAUUGAACUCGUAGUUGUCGGACCAGAGGCCCCUCUGGCUGCAGGAAUUGUUGGGGACCUGACCUCUGCAGGAGUACGAUGCUUUGGCCCCACAGCACAAGCAGCUCAAUUAGAGUCCAGUAAGAAGUUUGCUAAAGAGUUUAUGGACCGCCAUGAAAUCCCAACUGCACAGUGGAGAGCAUUCACCAACCCUGAAGAUGCCUGCAGCUUUAUUACAAGCGCGAACUUUCCUGCUUUGGUUGUGAAGGCCAGUGGCCUUGCAGCAGGGAAGGGAGUGAUUGUGGCCAAGAGCCAAGCGGAGGCCUGCAGAGCUGUACAGGAGAUCAUGCAAGAAAAGUCUUUCGGAGCAGCUGGUGAAACAGUUGUUGUGGAAGAGUUUCUGGAAGGGGAAGAAGUGUCUUGCCUUUGCUUCACUGACGGGAAGACGGUGGCCGAAAUGCCCCCAGCACAAGACCAUAAGCGAUUGCUGGAUGGAGACGAAGGCCCCAACACCGGGGGGAUGGGAGCCUACUGCCCAGCACCUCAGGUUUCUAAGGACUUGUUAGUAAAAAUUAAGAACACUAUUCUUCAGAGAGCAGUAGACGGCAUGCAGCAGGAGGGUGCGCCGUACACAGGAAUUCUUUAUGCUGGUAUAAUGCUGACCAAAGAUGGCCCAAAAGUGUUGGAGUUUAAUUGCCGCUUUGGUGAUCCGGAAUGCCAGGUCAUCCUCCCACUUCUUAAAAGUGACCUCUAUGAGGUGAUGCAGUCCACCUUGGAUGGCCUGCUGAGCGCGUCUCUGCCUGUUUGGCUAGAAAACCACAGUGCCGUAACCGUCGUCAUGGCGAGUAAAGGGUACCCUGGAGCCUACACCAAAGGCGUGGAGAUUACAGGGUUUCCUGAGGCCCAGGCUUUAGGACUGCAGGUAUUCCAUGCAGGCACUGCUCUUAAAGAUGGCAAAGUAGUGACCAGCGGGGGCAGGGUCCUCACCGUGACAGCUGUCCAGGAAAAUCUCAUGUCAGCCCUUGCUGAGGCCAGGAAAGGACUCGCUGCUCUAAAGUUUGAGGGAGCCAUCUAUAGAAAGGACAUUGGCUUCCGUGCUGUGGCCUUCCUCCAGCGGCCCAGGGGCUUGACUUACAAGGACUCCGGAGUAGACAUCGCAGCUGGAAAUAUGCUGGUUAAGAAAAUUCAGCCUUUAGCAAAAGCCACCUCCAGACCAGGCUGCAGUGUUGACCUUGGGGGCUUUGCUGGUCUUUUUGAUUUGAAAGCAGCUGGUUUCAAAGAUCCUCUUCUGGCCUCUGGAACAGAUGGUGUGGGAACUAAACUAAAGAUUGCGCAGCUGUGCAAUAAGCAUGAUUCCAUCGGGCAGGAUCUGGUGGCCAUGUGUGUGAACGACAUCCUCGCCCAGGGAGCAGAGCCCCUCUUCUUCCUUGACUACUUUUCCUGUGGGAAGCUCGACCUCAGUACAACUGAAGCCGUCAUUGCUGGAAUUGCUGCAGCUUGCCAGCAGGCUGGCUGUGCCCUGCUGGGUGGGGAGACAGCAGAGAUGCCCAACAUGUACCCUCCUGGAGAGUAUGAUCUUGCUGGGUUUGCUGUUGGUGCUAUGGAGAGACACCAGAAGCUCCCUCAGCUAGAAAGGAUCACCGAAGGGGAUGCUGUUAUUGGAGUGGCUUCAUCUGGUCUUCACAGCAAUGGGUUUAGCCUUGUGAGGAAAAUCGUGGAGAGGUCUUCGCUCCAAUACUCCUCCCCAGCACCUGGUGGUUGUGGAGAUCAGACCUUAGGGGACUUACUUCUAACUCCAACCAGGAUCUACAGCCAUUCACUGCUGCCCAUCAUACGUUCAGGACGUGUCAAAGCUUUUGCUCAUAUCACUGGAGGCGGGUUGCUGGAAAACAUCCCCAGAGUCCUCCCUCAGAAGUUUGGAGUAGAUUUAGACCAGGCUGGCCUUGAACACAUGGAUAUUAUCCUCUGCCUCUAGAGUGUAUACCCCACACAACCUCACGCAAUGUUUUUUAAUGCGUUCAUAUUGACUAUGAUCUAUCCCAUGGAAUUAAGAGUGGCGUGUUUUCACUCUGGCAUCAUGGUACCAUUCAAAAAGUUUCUUACUUUGAAUUAGAGAUGUUAAGCCAUAUAGCCAUGUUCCUGAGAGCCUUUUUCAUUUUUUCAAUCAUACAUAAUCUCUCUACGUAGUCCAGGCUAGCCUGAACUUUCUGCCUCAGCUUCCCCGUGUAUUAGAGGCAUGUCCUGCUGUGCCCAGCGUAUAUCCAUUUUUUCUGUAAGUCCUUCAGAAAGCUUCAAAAAGCUUUUCUUCUUUCUUUUUUUAAGAAUUUGGCUGCUUAUUAAUGUAAUGUCUACUUUUCACGGUAGCACCAUUUCUUGUGGAAGAGUAAUCGGUUUUAUACGUGUGUUGGUUUCAGCUUUACAUUGCUAUUGGCUUUUGACCUCUGACGUCAUGGUAAGCAUUUCUGGUGGCUGAAUCCUCUGAACUCGCUCAGGUCCAUAAUAGACUUGAACCUAAUGGGGAGCUGGAGAGACGGCUCAGCAUCAAGAGCACUUGUUGCUCCACGGGGGACCCAGGGUCAUUUUCCUGCACCCACACAGCUGCUCACAACUGUCCCUACCACAGUUCCCUGGGAUCUGACCCCCUCUCCUGAACACCAAGGCACAAAGCACAUGUGGUACACAGACACACAUGCAAGUAAAAUACUAGUAAACCUAACUGGGGAAAGACCUGU